AUGAUAGAAACCAACAAUAUCCUCACGAGUCCUUCGGGACCCGAAUACCAGUUUCUGGUCGGCGAGGGCCUCUACGUGCUCAAGGAAGAUCUCCAUCUCGCGACUCCUCCUCCCCACCCCUCGGAAGCCCCCAUCGUCAACCCGAAUCCCCUCGCAACAACGCCGCAGCCUGCCACUGCCGGCACCAAGCUGUCACUGGCCAACCUCGACGUGCGCCCCCUGCCUGCCGCCUUCUACAGGGUCACGUCGCCCUCAAGCGGCCUGCAGCAGAGCAUCCAAGAACACCCUGACGAGAGCAAGUCGUCGUCCGAGGCGCGCGAGAGCAGCAGCUCGGCCGGUCGCAUCACUUCUAGCGAUGUGCCACUCAUCGUGUUAAAUGCGCCCGCCUUUGGUGAGGGAAACGCGUUGCUCGCGCCGCCCAAUUCCAAGGACGCGAACAAGCGUCGAAAGCCCAAGAACAACGUGACUAAGAGCAACUCUUCCUUCAUCUCUAGAGUUAUUGUCCACGAGACACUAAACAAGAGAUUGCAAGAUCGCCCUAGUGAUGGCCUUUUCGCCUUCGCCAACAUCAACCGCGCCUUUCAAUGGCUCGACCUCUCAUCCCCAUCCAAGGCCGAAUAUUUAACAAAAAUACUAUUCACCAAGGCGCAUUGCCUCUGCCAUGACGUAAAUCUGCUAACCAAGAGCUCAUCGCACAUUGACGUGAUCAUGGGGUUUUCAACUGGAGAGAUCAUAUGGUGGGAACCCAUCUCACAGCGAUACACGCGACUCAACAAGAACGGGAUUAUCAACGGAACGCCAGUUUCCGAGAUCAGGUGGAUUCCUGGCUCAGAACACCUGUUCCUCGCUGCGCACAUGGAUGGAUCUCUUGUUGUCUACGACAAGGAAAAGGAGGACGCCACUUUCUCCGCCGACGAAGAGGCCGGGGCAGGGCUGCAGGCAAACGGAGAGGUGAACUCGGACACUGCCAGCAGAGGAGUCUCCAACUCCAGCCAAAUACAGAUCAACAAGUCGGUCCACUCCAAAAACCAAAAGACAAACCCCGUGGCGGUAUGGAAGCUGUCCAACCAGCGAAUAAAUGCAUUUGCAUUCUCCCCCGACCAUAGGCACCUUGCCGUUGUCUCAGAAGACGGCUCACUGAGGAUAAUCGAUUAUCUCAAGGAAGAACUUUUGGACCUAUUCUACUCGUAUUAUGGGGGCCUAAUAUGCGUCUGCUGGUCACCUGACGGCAAGUAUGUCUUGACCGGUGGGCAAGACGACCUCAUCUCGAUUUGGUGUCCGUCCGAGUCGGCGCUUAUAGCCCGGUGCCAGGGUCACCACUCGUGGGUGACGUCGGUAGCGUUUGACCCCUGGCAAUGUGACGAUAAGAACUACAGGUUUGGGAGUGUCGGAGAGGACUGUAGGAUAUGUCUGUGGGAUUUCAGUGUCGGCAUGUUGCAUCGCCCAAAAGCUGCCUCCGUACAUCACCACCAGCGGGGUGGCUCGGUUUCGUCGCGUCUGGUGUCGCUUCAAAGGGCCGAGAGUUCACAGAACGGCUACGGCGUUGGUGAAGAGGCAGCGGAGAAGAUACUGCCACAUGCCGUGGAACCGCGUUCAAGGACGGCCAUGCUUCCCCCUGUGUUGAGCAAGACGAUUGAUGAGGACCCGCUGUGCUGGAUCGACUUUACCCAGGCUGCCAUCCUCACCAGCUGCAAGUCAGGCCAUCUGAGGACGUGGAGUCGCCCAUCAGACACGUCGCCCCAGUUGGAUGAAGAGACGGAUAGCUCGCAAGCGUGA